AUGGAUCCAGUCACGGCGGUCGGCUUACGCGCAAGCAUCGUCCAGCUGAUCGAUUCGACUACCAAAGCCAUCAAAUACCUGAACAAUGUCAAUAAUGCCCCUAAGGAUCGAGCAAGGCUUGCGCGGGAAGCCACCAGUCUUUUGGCACUGCUAACAGACUUGAGGCAUAGACUCGAAGAGGCAAGCUCAACAGACCAAUGGCUCACUGGUAUUCGAUCACUUGGAGUGAAGGGGGGCCACUGGAGCAGUUUAACGAAGCAAUAA